GCAGACUCCCAAUUCGUAGCUCGCCCUAUAAAAGGGCUAACGUGAAGAACGAAAAUUCCCGUGGAACCUUAUCAAAGAAGGGAACCAAAGUACCAAAGUACCAAAGUACCCAAGAAGCAAACAUCUCUCUCUCUCUGUCUCUCUCUCUCUGUCUCUCUCUCUCUCUCUGAGGCUGGGGAUCGAUUUUGGCCGCGAGAUGACACAGACAACUCCAAAUCACACACAGACAGUCGCCGGUUGGGCGGCCCACGACUCCACCGGGAAGAUGAGCGCUUUUAUUUUCAAAAGAAGAGAAAACGGGGAGAACGAUGUGACCAUAAAGAUACUGUAUUGUGGGAUGUGCCACACCGAUCUCCAUUAUAUUAGAAACGACUGGGGAAUCACUCUAUACCCUGUUGUCCCUGGGCAUGAAAUAACGGGAGUGAUAACGAAGGUAGGAGGGAAAGUGAAAGGGUUCAAGAUGGGAGACAGAGUAGGAGUGGGAUGCUUGGCGGCGUCCUGCCUGGAUUGCGAAUUCUGCAAGGACUCGCAGGAAAACUAUUGCCCAAACCUUCAGUUCACUUACAAUGGCAUCUUCUGGGAUGGAAGCAUUACCUACGGUGGCUACUCUCAAAUGCUCGUUGCUGACCACAGGUAUGUGGUGCACGUGCCGGACAACUUGCCGAUGGACGCCGCAGCGCCACUAUUGUGUGCAGGGAUAACAGUGUUCAGCCCCAUGAAGGAGCAUAACUUGUUGCAGUCCCCUGGGAAGAAACUCGGAGUGGUAGGCCUCGGAGGUCUUGGCCAUGUCGCCGUUAAGUUCGGUAAAGCGUUUGGUCUCCAUGUCACAGUCAUUAGCACCUCUCCCUCCAAAGAAAAGGAGGCUAAAUCACGACUUGGUGCCGAUGCCUUCCUUGUCAGCUCUGACUCUACACAAAUGGAG